AUGGCCUCGGCACCCUGCUCUCCUUCCCUCGCCGCCGCCGUUGGCAGAGGGCCGAGAUCCACCGCCGUUCCCGGUAACAACAAGAAGCUGACGUGCCUCUGCUCGCCGACGAACCACCCGGGGUCCUUCCGCUGCAGCCGCCACCGGAACGGCCCCCGCGGGCCGGCCGCGCCGAGCGCCAGCGAGGCCAGGGGCCGGGCGGCGAAGGGGCGGUCCGUGCGCGCGCUCCUGCUGCAGAGGAUCAGCUGCCCGUCCGACCGCGACCGGCAGCGCCAGCGCCGGCGCAGCGGGGACUUCCAGCCGCGCCCCUCCAGGCUGCGCCUCAUGAACAUGUGA